AUGCCGCGCGGACCGCGCGCGAGCGCGAGCGGCGCCGUCGGACGCGCGGACGCGCCGUACGACGCGCUGAAUCGCGUGCGCGAGAGCGGCGAGGGCGUCGAUGAAAUUCAUCGACGUUGGCGCGCCGCGCACGCGUCUGGAGACGCGCCCGAGAUCGAAUUCGCGCGCGGGAGCGAGGGAUUACUGCCGGAGUACGACGUCAUCGUCGUCGGCGCGGGACUGAGCGGAUGCACGAUCGCCGAGCGGUGCUCGAGGGCGCUGGGGAUGAAGGUGUUGACGCUCGAGCGGCGCGCGCACGCGGGGGGGAAUUGCUACGAUUACGUCGACGCGCGGAGCGGGAUACGAUGCUCGAAGUACGGCGCGCAUUUGUUUCACACGAAACACGCGCGCGUGUGGGAAUACGUGACGCGGUUCAGUGAGUGGGUGCCUUUCGAUCAUCGCGUGCUCGGUCGGGUGACGCGGACGAGCGCGAGCGAGGAGGGGAAGCGAGCGCGCGUGCUCGUGCCCAUACCGCCGACGCGAGCGACGGUGAACGCGCUGUUCGAUGAUGCAGACGUGCGGAGCGAUGAAGAUAUGGAGGCGUGGUACGAACGGGAGAGGAUUCAUCCCGAGGGCGGGCGGGCGCCGGCGAACGGCGAGGAGGCGGCGCUGUCGCGCGUCGGACCGCGGUUGUAUGAGGCGAUAUUUAAGCAUUACACGAAGAAACAGUGGGAUAAGUACCCCGAAGAGUUAGACGCGAGCGUGUUGAUGCGGUUGCCGUGUCGAACGAGCGCGGACGAUCGGUACUUUAACGACCCGUGGCAGGCGUUGCCGAGACGCGGGUACACGAGAAUUUUUGAAAACAUGCUUCACGGGGACGAGAACAUCACCGUUCGGCUGAAUUGCGAUUAUUUCGCGAUGAAGCGGGAUGGAACUCUUCCCAAACACAAAUUUUUAGUGUACACGGGACAGAUUGACUCGUACUACGCCGCGCUUGGUAUGCCAAAGUUGGAGUACCGCUCGUUGCGCUUUGAGGAAGACGGCUUGUUUUUCCAAGAGGCGAUGGUGGUGAAUUAUCCUGGCCCUGACGUUCCGUUCACGCGUAUCGUCGAGUAUAAACACAUGCCGAACCAACCCGAAGGUAGACAUCGCGAACCGGGCACGCUCGUCGCCCGCGAGUACUCGAGCGCGACGGGCGAGCCGUAUUACCCCGUCCCCAACCCCGAAAACCGCGCACUGUACGAAAAAUACGCGGAAUUAGCGAAACAUGAACCUGGGGUCGCCUUCGUCGGUCGUUUGGCGAGUUACAAGUACUUCAACAUGGACGAAGCCGUGUUAAACGCGCUCGAAAUGUUUGACAACUUGCGAGACACCGGCGCGUUGGUCGUCAAGGAAAAAUCUUGA